AUGUUCGAUUUCUUGCCCACGUUCGUGUACGCUCUACCUUUCAUUCUGCUCGUUUAUGUUUCGAGCCGGCUCGUCUCGUCUAGAGCAGCUCGUAAGAUCAUCGAACAACAUGGUUGUGAGCAUCCUCCAUCAUAUCCUCAAGCCAAGGUGUCUGAGCUUAUAAAAUCACGAACAGACGCCACCAAAAAUGGCAGCCUAAUGGAUCUAUACAUGGAACACUUUAGCUUGUAUGGAAAAACAUGGGAAGAACAUUCUCUAGGCGCAAAAAUUAUCAAUACAAUGGAAGCACGCAAUUUUCAACAAGUCACCGCACUUUCCUUUCAAGACUGGGGUAAGGCUUCCACCACACAUUCCAGUCCUUUCUUCGGCAAAGGCAUAUUCUUCAUGAAUGGCGCCGAGUGGAAGCUUGCUAGAGAGCUGGUUCGACCCACAUUCUCGAAAACUGAAGUAUCGGAUGUUGAGAUUAUCGGAAAACACGCGGAUAGACUGAUUGACAUAAUUCCUCGAGAUGGAUCUACCAUUGAUCUCCAACUACCUUUGCGAAAACUGUUCCUUGAUACAGCUACUGAAUUCUUAAUGGGACAGUCAAUCGAUUCUCAAUUAGACAAUGAUCCAAAUAACUCGGCGAAAAUACUUGCGGCAUUUGACACUUCACUGGCUGGGGUAGGAAAACGAAGAUUACUCUCAAGGUUCAAGCGCUUUAUGCAUAACUUUGACAAGGGCUGGAAAGAAGCUUGUGGGUUAGUUCACUCAUAUAUUGACGUCCAUGUUGCUCGGGCUUUGAAAGAAACUGAGAAUUCCGAAUCAAGAGCUGGAGCCAUGGAUGCUGACACAAAAAAACCCACACGGUACAUUCUGCUGUUGGAAAUGGCCAAGCAGAUUCGGGAUCCCGUCGCACUUCGAUUUCAGAUUCUGAAUGUAUUUAUACCAGCUCGUGAUACAACAGCUGUCAUGCUUUCAAACACACUCUUUCAUCUUGCAAGGAAUUCAGAUAUCUGGACACAGCUCCGAAAUGAUAGCUUGGUAUUAGGCGAUCGACCUCUAACCUUCGAGGUCCUCAAAUCACUUCAACUAUUCAAAUACGUUCUUUUUGAAACCCUUAGAUAUCAAGGACCAUCUGGACGAAUUUACCGAACCGCAACACAAGACACGGUUCUCCCUACCGGUGGUGGACCUUCGGGAACAUCCCCAAUUUAUGUGGAAAAGGGGACAGUAGUUGCUUUAAACUUGUGGGGUCUUCAUCAUGACGAAGAUAUCUGGGGGCAAGACGUAAAUGAAUUCAAACCUCAGCGAUGGUUCGAUCCCAAAAAGCAGUUUCAGUGGGAGUUUGUACCUUUCCUCGGAGGACCAAGGAUUUGCCCAGCUCAACAGCAAGUGCUUACUCAAUCGAUAUAUCUCUUAGUUAGACUGACGCGAGAGUUUACCGUCAUUGAAAAUAGGGAUCCGGUCAAAGAAUAUGUCGGUAGGGUCACAGCGUUGACGGAGAGUAAAAAUGGGGUGAAAGUUGCAUUCCGGGUAUAA